AUGGCAGAGUCCCUCGCAAUAGCAGCGAGCGAGGCCACUGGAGCCGCCGAGGCGACGGCUCCGACGACGGCCAGCUCGCUGCGCUCGCUCGACCUGGAGUUUGUGACGACGAUGCAAGCGGUGGAAGUUGCCUUGGCAAGCGCCCCGCGAGCGAUGCGCAUUCGCGGUGAGCAGUGGGCACAGAGGCUGCAGCUGAUGACAAGCGUGACGCAGCCCUUGUUCCAGAAAGACCGAAAUCUGCAUGCCGAUCUCUUGUUGAAGUGCAUCCAGGAGAAGGCUUGGACAGAGCCAUUGGACAAGCAUCCGCCAGAAGGGCCACUCCCAUGUUUGCCGAGGCACGUGGCCUGCUCUCUGCGUAAGGCUCGUGCCGAGCGUUUAAGGGCCAGCCGGAGCCAAGGAUGCACAGAGGUGCAAAGACCGUCGGAUAGCUUGGCCAUGGCUGCUGUAGCUGCCGUGUCGGGCAAACCGGAAGCCCGCACUAGCGGUUUGGGGCUGCCUGAAGUCUCAGUGGCCGCACCACCGGCCUACGCAGCCCUUGCAGCGCGAGUCGCACAUCUCGAGCUCCAGAACAAGCAGCUCCGCCGCAAGCUGCUUGAGGCCCGAAACCGGAGCUGUGAUCCGCGCCCCCAGCGCCAGCGCUCUGCCUCGCCGCCUGCACCGUCGGCAACGCCGCGCCCGCAGCGCACGCCGCGCACCCGCGGGGCCUUCGCAGCGCCGCCGCGCUCGUCGGAGGCCCGCUGCACGGCGCCCUUCGCAGCGGCCCAUGCCGUGGCCCAUGCCGUGGAGGGGGCGCCCCAGAAAGCACUUGACAUGGAGGAGAAGGCGCAGGCAGCGGCUGAAGCAGCGCAGCUUCUGGCCGACGAGGUCUUGCCGAGCGCCUUCACGGUGCGGCGGGACGCCGUGCGCAGCCUCGGCCGUCUGGGUUUGGCGGCCGGGCCUUACUUGGCCCAACUGGUGGAGACAGCGGAGUCCGACGAUGACUACGAGGUUCGGCGAGCUGCCAAGCAGGCCCUCCGGUCUUUGCGGCAGCACGGUCUCUCAGCGCCCCGGGAGGACACAACGACUGUGGCCUUGCGCCGUCCUCCGAACGAGAAGCGAGCCCAGGUGACCGCAGGAGGGCGUCCAGAAGAGGACGCCGUCUUCCACGAGGAGUCUCGGGAGCCCGAGCCGCUCUUUGAGUGGACCGGACCGAAGGCCCAAAGACAGGGAAGGAGCUGA